AAAAAACAUCGCACGGCUUGACAGUUCUGCCGUUGCGGGUGUGUUAGUGCGUGACUGCCGAAACAGCUGAUCGAAACAGCAGCAGCAGCACAGUCGAACAUAAACCAUCGCCGUGUUGAAAUCGUCCCACAAUAAACCGCCGCGAAUCUAAUCGAAAUUAAAGUUUAAGUGGUUUUUAUUUUAUCCGCGAAUUCCGAACAAGUGUCCGAACCGGUUAAGUGCUCGGGUGAACAUUUUUCCCCCAACAUUUUGGUCCUUCGAACCGGAUUCAGGACAUUUGUGGAAGCCCCGUGGACCGCGGAAUAGUGAAGCUGUUCGAGCUAUUGUUCCUGCCUGAUAGCUGCACCAUUUUGGACGCAGGAUUCGCCAUCGCUACAGCAGCUGAGAGACGACGCCGCGACGCCAUCGCAGAUUUCGGUGCAAUUGGAAAUUGCAGUUAAUCACCUGGAACUGUUCAGCACUUUUGAGGAGACAAUAAACAGUAAACGAGUUCGGUAAAGUGUACGAUUGGUGGCUUGAUGCAUGUGGCCUACCUGAGAGAAAAAAUAAAGAUAUUGCAUGUGAGUAAGACUUGGUUUGUUGCAUGUGGUGUGAGCCUUGUACGCUGUAAUUUGGUCUCGGAUUCUGCCGCUACGUUUCACUUUGUUGAUUUUUAUUGGUUGCCUCCCCCUCGCUGCUGUCAAUAGGGUUGCCAGUUGUCAGUUUUAUCGGUACUGUGGAACGUUGAGUCGAUUUAUCGGUCAGUGAAUUACUAUUGCAGUGUAACAUAUUUGGUGCAGUGUCAGAUUAUAAGAAGUGUAGCAAUGUCUAAAAGUACGCUGAAGGCUUUGCUAAAACGUGAACGGCAGUUGUAUGUGAUUUUUGAUGGUACUGAUAGAUUCAUCCAAACCUAUCAGAUUGAUAGUGAUCGGUGUCAAUUAAGUUCGAGAUUGCAUGUGAUUGAUACUGUGUACAGUGAGUUUUUUGAAAUACGGAGCAAAAUUGAACUUUUGCUGGAUGAAGCGGAUGAGAAAGAACAGAAAGAUGCUGACAGCGAAGUCAAAGGAGAGAUUGCCAAGCAACGUGAAGAGGAAAACGACAAGGUUCUACAGCAAUUUGAUGACCGAUACUUCGCGAUCCGAGGUGACCUCCUUAGACUCCAAGGUGAUAAGGAUGCCUUAGGUGAGAACGCAACCAGCAACAGUCAGAGUCAGUCUGCGUCAGGAAAUACUUCGAGAGUAAAGCUACCAGAGAUACGUUUGCCGUCCUUUAGUGGAAAAAUAAGAGAGUGGAUUACAUUCCGGGAUUCCUUCCGAAGCCUUAUCCAUGACAACGAGCAUCUGACGUCUAUGGAUAAGUUUACAUACCUUCGCUCCUCUCUACAGGGUGAUGCACUUAAGGAAAUCAACAACAUUGAGCUUUCAGAGGCAAACUACGACGUCGCCUGGAAAACUUUGCAAGUUCGUUAUGAAAAUAAGAAGCUGAUUGUGAAGGCUCAUCUCGACGCUCUUUUCGCCCUCGAACCGCUUAAAAAGGAGAAUUAUGACGGUCUGAACUUCCUCAUCAGCGAGUUUGAGAAAAACUUGAUGAUGUUACAGAAAAUCGGAGAGCCAACGGAGUCUUGGAGCACAAUAUUAGUCUACAUGUUGUGUUCUAGACUAGAUUCUGCAACAUUGCGCCAAUGGGAGACGCAUUACGGGUCUAAGGAGGUCCCAACGUACGAUGAGCUGCUUCUGUUCUUGCAAGGUCACUGCUCUGUUCUCCAAUCAAUCACCUCUGCAAGAAAUCCACCAUCCGAAGCCCGUCAGACGAGAUCAACAGUUUGUAAUACAACCAUCAGAUCAGUUUCACGUUGUCCGUUCUGUGCAGAUCCAUGGCACUCACCGUUCCAGUGUGGCAAAUUUCAACGGAUGAAGGUUCCCGAGCGAAUGGAUGCUGCCAUUCGAAACAAGUUGUGUCGGAAUUGUUUGAUGCCAGGCCACUUCUACCGAAAUUGUGAACGAGCCGCAGUUUUCGGCACAAUACCGACAGCAGAGUCAAACGCGUUCGGCGCAACAAAUACCGUUUCAACCGCAACCGCAGCCAAUGAAUCAACAGCAACAACACAACUCAAGACCAAUACAGCAUGCGCACACCACUACACAGCAUGCACAAACCCACUCACACAACACAAACACAAAUCCAGACAACGCACAAGCCACCACAAGUCAGAAUUACGUAGCACUUCCGUUUACACCGUCUCGUAAUAUUUUACUGUC